UUAAACAAGGCGUCGGAGUUACAAGUCAGUGCUUUUUGGUCUUCUGAGCCCCGACCGCCGGUUUAGCCAGAGCCGCGAUGAAUCUAGACCAGACGUACCCCCUUAUCGUAGCGCAGUACGAGAUCACGGGCCAUCACCGACGUACCGAGCACUGGAACCUUGCGGUUCUUGUAUCACCCAACGUAUCACACACUUUCGAAGUGCGGGGAAACUCAGACACGUUCACGUAUGUGCACGAUACUGUAUCGGCUCCGAUUGGGUCCAUCCCGACAUAUCGCGGCGGCUGUCACGUCGGCGAAGUGCCAUCUACGUUUAUUGGUCGGUUGGAUGAGCGCCUGAAGAGAGAUGUUGCUGUGAUCAGGCUCGAUCUGAGCUGGGAUUGCCAGGAUUGGGUGUUGGAAGCGCUCAGGUUGUUGAAGGAGGAUGGUAUCACGUUCAAGGCCGUUAACCAGGCAUACGUGAGGAAGGAGCUUCGGGAAGAUAUGGCAAGAUGGCAGGAGGGGGAUGACACCGUGGAGGAAAGGCAUUUUUCAAAUUCGCACUGAUACAUCGGUACAGUGAAAGCGAAUACAUUAACCUUUUAAUCCGUUCCUUUGUGCAUCCCGCUCUUCCUUAAGUGUCGCGAUCUCUUGCACAUCAAUCACUUUAAAUGGCCAUGUCAG